AUGGCUUCAGAACUCGCCGAGACAUUCGACCACAACAACAACCCCGUCACCCACGGCCGGCGUAGAGUGAACGGCAUCCGGAUGCACUACAUAACAGCCGGAACCGGCCCAGCCCUCCUCCUCCUCCACGGCACCCCCAAAAACAGCUUCUACUGGUAUCGCAUCGUUCCCCUCCUCACCCCAAACUUCACCGUCGUCGCGCCCGAUCUCCGAGGUUUCGGCUACACCGACAAACCCCCAACCACAGAUGGCUACGAUUCCAAAGAACAGGCGUCAGAUUGUGCGGAGCUGAUGACGCAGCUCGGACAUGAGAGGUUUUUCCUUCACGGAGAGGAUCGUGGGGCGGAUUAUGCGUAUGCUGUGGCGGGGAUGUAUCGGGAGAGGGUGGUGAAGUUGAGUUUUUGUGAGAUGUUGUUGAGUGGAUUGGGGUUGGAGGAGAGUUCGUUCUGGACGAGGGAGAAUGUUGGGGCGCAGUUUCGGGAGGAGGGGGUGUGGUGUUGGCACCUUGGCUUCUUUGCCAUCCCGCAUAUCCCAGAAAUGCUCAUUCGGGGAAAGGAGUUCGAGUUUUGGGAGAUGUUCAUCAAGCAGGAAUGCUAUAAUCCUACCAACAUCGAGCCGAAAGCCCUCAACCAUUGGAUCGAAUGUGUCAAGCAGCCGGGUUGUCUGCGAGGCAUUCUUGAAACGUAUCGCGCUGGUUUCAAAAAUGGCGAUAUCAAUCAAGCACUGGCGAAAGAGAAGUUGACGAUCCCUGUGAUGACGAUUGGUGCUCCGGAGUUCUUUGGUCCGAAGGUAGAGGAGUGUGCGAGGAAGUUUGCCGCUAAUGUUGUGAAGUCGGAGAUCUAUCAGGAGUGCGGUCAUUCUCUGGCGUUGGAACAGCCGCAGAGAUUGGCGAAGGAUUUGACGGAGUUUUUCUUGGGAAAGUAG